CUCAGCAUCGCCGGGGAAGGAGCUGCGCACGCGAUGGAGCAGCAGCAGCCGCCGCCGCCGCCGCUCAGCAGCGCCCACAGCAGCCGGAGGAAGCAGGCGCUGGCCAGGGGCCGAGCCGCCUCGGGGGCGUCCGAGCGGCGCCAGAUGGAGUCCAGUCACCGUGGCAGCAGGGACCAAGGCCCGUCCUCCCCCAUCGGGUCCCAGCCGGUGUCUCCACGCAACAGUAUCACAGGAUUGGCAUCGCCAGGGCUGUUCUCUCCUGCCAGCAACCAGUACGCCUCAGAUGGGACAGUCCGGUACCAGCCUGAGGGAUCCAGCAAUGCCAUGUAUACCGGAGGAAACCUGCCAAGUGGGACUAGGUCUGACUCGCUGUUUGACUCUUUCCACAACCGGUUGCAGCCCGACGGGUCUCGCCAUUCGGCGUCUGAGAGACAGAACCAGCCUCUCUCCUUGGAUCUCAACAGAGCCCAGCCGGAGGGCUCUGGGGGCGUCCAUGCAUUCAACACCCCAAACCUGCGUUCUCCGGUAGAGUUACGGCCAUUGUCUCCAGCUUCCGGCAGCUCGUCAUCCCAAUCCAACGUCUCUCCCUCCAUGAAACUCAGCCAGUCACCCAGCCGGGGUGUGCUCCCAGAACUUUGCGGCCUGGACCCACUGAGCACUGGCAUCCUCGCCACGGUGGAACUCAAGGACACUCUCCCAAAGGCCGAAUCCAGCGACCACAUCUACCUGGGUCGCUCCGGCUCCUCGCACCGGCCCAUGUCCCUCCCGAAAGCCAUCUCGAGCGAGUACAUCUCAGGCGGAGGAAGGGUGGGCCCCUCUAAGUCCGCCAUGCUCUCCAAGGCUGAGUCGGAGGACAUCGUCUCGUAUGGCAGGCUCCGGCAGCCCCCCAAAUCCCAGGACCUGGGCAGCAGCAACAUGAAUCUCAAGGAAAGCUUUCUGAUGCGACUCGGCCAGCCCCACACCAAGCAGGACAAUGAGUUUCGCAUCACUAUCGUGACCUGGAACGUUGGUACAGCCAUGCCUCCCACCGACGUGACCUCGCUCCUGCACCUCAACACUGGGGACUCCAACGACACAGACAUGAUCACCAUUGGGCUCCAGGAGGUGAACUCCAUGAUCAACAAACGGCUCAAAGAUGCUCUUUUCACAGACCAGUGGAGCGAACUCUUCAUGGAGGUGUUGAGUCCAUUUAAUUUUGUACUGGUGAGCACGGUGCGGAUGCAAGGUGUCAUCCUGAUGGUCUUUGCCAAGUACUACCACCUGCCGUUUCUACAGGACAUCCAGACGGACUGCACCAGGACGGGACUGGGAGGGUACUGGGGCAAUAAAGGUGGGGUGAGCAUCCGCCUCUCCAUCUUUGGCAACAUGGUCUGCUUCCUAAACUGCCACCUACCGGCACACAUGGAGAAGGCAGAGCAGCGCAAGGAGGACUUCACCACCAUCCUCCACAUGCAGCAGUUCGAAGGGCCGUCAGCCAGCGGGAUCCUUGACCACGACAUCGUCUUUUGGUUUGGGGACCUCAACUUCCGCAUCGAGAGCCUAGACAUCCGCUUUGUGAAAUACGCCAUUGAUAACAACAUCCUCCACCAGCUCUGGGAGAAGGACCAGCUGAACAUCGCUAAGAACACCUGGCCUAUCUUGAAGGGCUUCCAAGAGGGACCCCUCAACUUCCCCCCAACCUUCAAGUUUGACGUGGGCACCGACAUGUAUGACACCAGCGCCAAGAAAAGGAAGCCGGCUUGGACCGACCGGAUCCUGUGGAAGAUCAAAGGCACUGGCGCACCGACACAUCCUGGGAGAUCCAUCUGUGGCCUCCUGUCUGUGAACCAACUUUGCUAUUGCAGCCACAUGGAGUACACCGUCAGUGACCACAAGCCGGUAGUCUCCAUCUUUGCCGUGAAGUUUGCUUCCAGGGCUGACGUGCCGCUGGUGGAGCUUCAGGUAGCUGAUGAGUGGACGAAACCCGAACAAGCUGUCACCUGGUACAAGGUGUCUUCGAGCUAUCACCGCAGCUCCUGGGACUGGGUUGCCCUUUACCGGGUGGGCUUCCGACACUUGAAGGACUAUGUUGCCUAUGUCUGGGCAAAGCAGGAAGACGCCGAAAGCAACGUUUACCAGUUACUGUUUCCAGAGGAGUCUCUACCCAAAGGGAAGGGCGACUAUAUCCUGGGUUACUACAGCAACAGCUACAGCUGUUUGGUGGGUGUGACAGAGCCCUUCCAGAUUUCACUGCCCACCUUGGAGCAAGCCACCAGCCCCACCGACAGCUCCAGCAGCACCUCGGAAGAGGAGGACGACAGCACCCUGGUCCUGCUGGGCCCCAAAUCCCGCAGCCCCAGCCCCGGGAAGAUGAAGGGACACCGCAGCCGCAGCCCCAGUUUGGCCAAGUUCCAUGGACUCAUCCUGCGCUCGUCAAGCCGGGACCAUGCGGCCAGCCGCAGCCCCUCACCCCAGGGCCGCCGGGGCAGCAGCAUCCUCAAGAGCGACAUCCCCAGCAUCCAGUUCUCCAAGGACAGCCCCCGCCAACGCUCCAAGUCGCGAGAGCCUGCCCAGAACGCAGAGAGCCUCGCCGGGCCUCGCCUCCAGAGCCCCUGGCGCUUUGACGAGAACCCCCUGGCCCGCACAGACCCCCGCAACCUGGGGCUGCUGCCAGCCGUGCGCCUGGAAACCAUCGAUCAAGUCAUGGGACCCCCGGCGAGAGAAUGCCUCAGGGGCCUGCCUCCCCGCAGGAUGAGCCCCACCAGUCCGACCGUGGCCCUGGCCAACCUCUUCAGCACCUCCCCAAAGGAGGGGUUAUCCCCAGACCACCAGGGUCCAAACCACCACAGCCGUGAGGCGGGACACUGAGGGGGACGCAGCCGGCCGCCAUGAGCCCACUGUCCAACCAUCCCGUGUAGUGAGCUUGCAGUGUUAUCUCUCUGUGUCCUUUACCUGCCAGUUUUCUGCUCCGUGUGUGUCUUUCUCUCUCCCGGUGUGUGACACGAAGACCCGGGGAAGGGGGCUGCCACUUGUGAGGCCCCGUCUCCUGACUCGAGUAUGCUUGACAAUCAACUUCUUCCCUCCCUUUGUGUAGGGGGCUGAACAACGCGAGCGAAAAAGCCCUCAGCCCCCUCGGCCUUUUCAGCCAUAGAAACUCCCCACUCCUUGUUUUGGGGGGGGGACCCAUCCUUUGAUGAGAACUCCCUUCCCCAUUGAACAUCCAGUUUGGUGUCGAGAUGGAGCUCCACCCGCCUCUCCUAGCGCCAUCUCUGUUCUUGUCCUGAGGCACGAUGGUGGUGGAGGACGACGAAGAGGAAAGCCUGCUUCUUGCAAUCCGACGGGAGGACAAUUGAUCAGCACAGUGGAAUGGGCAGCUGCAGAAAGAGGAGCGCAUGCCAGAAGCUUGGCUGGGUACAGGAUGAAGACACACUUUUGCUAUCGGUUGCUAAAGCUCUGCUUGGCUGGACUCAGUGGCUGCUGCAAGACCAGGCCCAGCCUGCUUGCAGGAAGUUGCUGAGACCAUAAGAGGUGAAAUACGGAACGUGCAAUAUGAUGGGAUGGGAAAUCAGAGUUCUUGGAGACAGGUGUGGACCACAGAUAGGAAGGCGGAAGCUGGUGCUUCAGGUCCGGUUAGGGCCCAGCUGGUAUCCCCCCCUGCAAGGCUUGGGGGGCCCCUGAGGAAUUGGGGGAGAACUACAAAUGGCAGAAAGUUCUUGCUGGAGGGAAGCAGGUAGAUGCAACCCAGUUGAGAUUGUGGAGGUACAGGGGGGAGAGUUUGGGUUCCAUUGCCUUACGAGGCGGCGGGGGGGGGGAGAGAACUCUGACCCAGGAAGCCAAAAACGGAACGGGUGUGUGUGUGCGCGAGGGGGCAGUAUGUGUGGCUAGGUUGUCGGGGCAACGUGACCAAGGUGCCUUGGAACCAGAAAUGACGAAAGCUGCCUGGGGG